GCGGAAACAAAGACGUCAGACUGCCGAAGCUAGCCGCUCCCCGUAGCUCAUCCUCCCGGACCACGCGCAGUUAUCCGACACAACCCAUUGCUUGUACGUCCAAUGAGGCGAGAUGGCUUGGGACGGCUAGAAGGGGAAGAAUGUAUGUCCUUAUCUUGCUGACCUUAGGUGCUGCAGGUGAAGGUUCGCGGAAGGUAGCAGCACUCUUCGGCAUUGUAUUACAUAGUGACCUGUAGGUGCCGAAGUGGAGAAACGACGUUGUCUGAACGCAUGAUAAGACGUACAGAGCUAGGGCUUGAGUGUUGGUAUAUCAUUGAUCAAGCUGGGCCGUCCUACAUGCAUAUCUGCUGUAUCGCCCAUUCCAUUUAUUCGAGGCCAUUCCAGUUAAGAUUUCUCGAUAUACUCGUCUUAGCACCCAUUCGUCGUCACGAUAUCUUAGUUAGGCCCAGAAAUACUCAAUAUGGCGACAAGCUCCCUUAGCCGUCGAGACUUUAACGUCCUUGAGAAGAUCAAGGAUCCGGAAUCGAAUCCAACAACAGCUGUUCUUGUGGAUGACACAUUGCCUAAAGAUCCGAAUAUAACAGACACAUCCGUAUAUGACCGUGUCUCUCGGAGAGAGCGGGAUAUCGUACUGGCUAUGCAGCAGCUUGAGAUGCAACUGGCCGGCUUGCGGUCAGCACCCACAGCAGAGCCGAUACAGGAAUAUCGACAAUGCUUGUCUGAACUCGGGGAACUCAUAACAGAAUACCCCAAAUACGCUAGUGCACGAAACAAUAGAGCACAGGUCUUUAGGAGGCUGUACGGAGAUGCACUGCUGUUAUCUGGUGAUCAGGCCUCGAGAGGAUUGUUAAGUGAGGUUGACGAGCUCGAGAAAUCUCAAGCAGCAGAUCUGGCCCUUUCCGAUCUAGACCAGGCCAUUUACCUGCUGACUCCAAAGAGCAUAUUCGCGGCUAUAUCACCACAAGCCGGAAAAACUCUGUCACUCGCGCACACCCAACGAGCAGCGAUCUACCAUAUGACCUCCAAGUCCUUUCAGGCCGGAAGUAAAAUCAACAUUGUCGGAAGAAAGGAGGAAGCGUGGAAAAAGAAUGACUUCGAAGAGGCAGCAUCGAGAGAUUUUGCCUUGGGAGGAAGAUAUGGAAACGAUAUUGCGAAAGCUUUGGCUGUGAGUACUAAUCCCACAGCCAAGCUUUGCGGUCAGAUGGUUAGGGAGGCCAUGAAGAAGGAAUAUGGCCCCGCAUAUGCUUCGUAGCGAAGCUGCUUGGUUAAUUUCCAACGAGUCGUUGAAUAACUCCAUUAGAGAAUAGCCCCCAGUCGUUGAAAGAGCUGAUCUGACUGAACACAAUAAUGAUGAUAAGUAUGAUGCCGAAUUCUUCAGUCCUGUCCACCACUAUCGAGGAUGAACUUCUUAUCUUGAAUUGGUUGGUACUUAGCCAAUACACGCAUGAAGACUUGGCUUGUAGAGGAAGUUGCAUUGAUUUUGAUUUUGGUUGGUUGGUUGGC